CGCCGCCCCGGGAGUGUAAGAUGUUCGCCUGCGCCAAGCUCGCCUGCAGCCCGGCUCUGAUCCGAGCUGGAUCCAGAGUUGUAUACAGACCAAUUUCUGCAUCAGUGUUCUCUCGACCAGAGGCUAGGACUGGAGAGGGCUCUACAGUAUUUAAUGGGGCCCAGAAUGGUGUGCCUCAGCUAAUCCAAAGGGAGUUUCAGACCAGUGCAAUCAGCAGAGACAUUGAUACUGCUGCCAAAUUUAUUGGUGCAGGUGCUGCAACAGUAGGAGUGGCUGGCUCUGGUGCUGGUAUUGGAACAGUCUUUGGCAGCCUUAUCAUUGGUUAUGCCAGAAACCCUUCGCUGAAGCAGCAGCUGUUCUCAUAUGCUAUCCUGGGAUUUGCCUUAUCUGAAGCUAUGGGUCUUUUUUGUUUGAUGGUUGCUUUCUUGAUUUUGUUUGCCAUGUAACAGAUAUUACUGCUUGAAAUGUUGGCAUUCAUAUUAAUUACGGAUGUAAUUCUGUGUACCUUACUGUGACUCCGAGCACUAUAGUAUUGGUGUCAUGGAAAUAGACAUUAUUUCCAAAGUCAUUUCAUUAAAGAUGAAAACUUUAAUUUUUGCUGUGAUUUGUACUUCCCUACAUUUAGAUCAUCACAAAGAAGGACAUGCAUUCAGGCAGAUGCUGUACAAGUCAGAGGGAACUACAGCCGUUGCCUCACUGAUGAAAAAGAUCCUAAUGUAAUUUUUAUGGGAAUUCUUUUAUAUAGUGUCUGAACAUUGUAAAUUAUAGGGUUUUUGAUUCAUUAAAGGAGAAAUAUUU